UAACUUCUGUGGAGGUUGUGGUUUGUGACAGGAAGAGAAAAGACCAGUUUUUUUUUACUGCUGAAUGUUAUAAUAUGAGAUCAAGUAAAAAAUAAACUGAGACAUCAUCAAAAAUGGCUUUCAGAAAACUUCCAAAUCGUAACGAUGUACUUCAGUGGUCCUCGGCUCAUCUGGCUGAUUACUUCAGAAUGCUAGACUGGAAAGACUGCGAAAAAGUUAUAAAAAAGAACAAUAUUAAUGGGCAAAGAUUUCUGAACAUGUCAGAAAAUGACAUUCAAAGAUUCCCCACACUACGUGUGCCGCAGAUUCAUCAGUUGUGUCAGGAGAUCAACAAAAGAGAAGAAAAAAAGAGCUUCUUCCCGAAGAGGAAUCAGAAUCCCAUAAUUCAGGAUUCUUCAGAUUAUAGACAAAAUGAUGACCUGGGAUGGGAUUCUGAUGAAUUUACAGAGGAUGACGAUGACUACGAGGACCCAGAUCAAGAUCUGGGCUCUGACGAAGAUGCUGAUGGUGGAGAUUACGAAUCCCCAACUGAAGAUGGUGAGGGCCACAAUAGUGACAACGAUUAUGAACCCCCACCUUCAAACGAUGAAGAAGCUCACCAAACCAAAAUAUUUGCUGCAAAACCCAUCUCUGAUGAUUCAGAUUAUGCAGAUAAACGGACCACUCAGAAAUCAGGAAGCCACCCACCUAUUCCUCCUCAACGACCUGGAUCAGUGCCAAUAGUUCCAGCCGGGAACAAGGGCAAUAUGCCAUGCAUGUUCUCCAAUCUGUCAGUCAGUGAUGAUCCAGGUUUCAACAAAGAUCGAGGAUUUUCAGGACCUGCUUACAGAGCUCCCAAAGUUGAUAGGAGUAGGAAACCUACUUUAGAUCAGCCAAACAUCCAACAGAGUGAAAGAGAUUCCCCAUCAAUGGUAAAGAAAUCUCCAUUUCCCGAUAAGCAUCCCAUGGGACCACCCAGACCUCCAUUUGUCGGUAGACCUGAUCCUGUCUGUAGGAUGCCAAAGCCAACGAUACCGGGGGACAGGGGGAAUGCCUCGUUGGGACGGAGGCAGACAUCUCCAAGUCUUCACACUCAUUACCGUCCUCACAGAUUUUCUUCCAGAUCCAUUCCUCGACCAAUUGACUCUGCUCUGAAUGCCAACACCUUUCCAUAUAGAUCCUCCCGACCAGGACCAAAGCCCAACUUCUCAGGAGGGAAUCAAAUGCCACUAUCUAAUGCUGAAAGUCUUUCACCAAGUGCAUCCUUACCACCACGGUUUCAACAAGAGGCCAAACAGUCUUUCUCAAGAAGCCCUAAUGAUGCCAGACCUCCCCAGCCUCUACCAGUCAAUAAAUGCCGAUCUGCACCAGCAGCUCCACAAGAAGAGAGUCUUUCCAGAGAGUGGUAUGCAGGUUGCAUCAGUCGAUCAGAAGCUGAAUCAGCUCUUCGGCAUAUUAAUGAGGAUGGGACUUUCUUAAUCAGAGACAGUUCACGGAGAAACAGUGAACACCCUUUUGUCCUGAUGGUACUGUACGGAGACAAGGUAUACAACAUUCAAAUCCGUUAUCAGGCAGACGUCGCUAUGUAUCUGUUGGGAACCGGACUCAGAGGAAAGGAAAACUUCAGUUCAGUGACAGAACUUGUGGAGCACCAUACACAGAUGCCACUUAUGCUGAUUGAUGGCAAAGAUCAGCGAGGAGGACAGAGGAAACAGUGCACACUGAUAUAUCCUGCAGCUCAGUAGACACAGCUCUACAUCAGGCUGACUGUCAAUCCUCAAAGCAGCCAGUUGGAACUCUUAGAUCUUUUUAAACAAGAAACAAAAUGAAAGUGGACCAUGGUCUCCCUCCACUGCAGAGACGUUAAGUAUCUUCAAUAGCAUUUUCUCUAACUCUGUCAUUAGCUCAAUGUCACCAUGAAAGGGAGGGUUAUGAUUAACCCUCAGCGAUAGGUACUGCCCCCAUAUCCAAACAAACAACUCAGAAAUACAUCAAACACACUGUCCCGUCACACCGUCCCAUCACAUCGUCCCGUCACACCUUCGCGUCACACCGUCUCAUCACACCGUCCCGUCACACCGUCUCAUCACACCAUCCCGUCACACCGUCUCA